AGAAAAUAUAUAUUUGACAGGGGUUUGACUGACGGGAAAUAAGGGGGCAGUAGUAGGCGAGAAAGACCUGCGUAUGAAUCGAAAUUGAAGUUACUUUUUGUAUAUCGGUCACAUUUUUUUUUUUGUGACUGGUGCCGCGAGUUGAAUCGUAUGUGAUGAUUAAUUCGGAAAGACACAGCAACAGGGCAUAGAACUACAGGAUGUCGCGGACAGUUUCAGUUUUUUUUGGAUGGGGAAGCACGACUAGAACAGUAAAACGCAACGCGGAAAAUAUUUAAAAGGGAGAAUGCGAAUGGUUAGAAGAGAUAGAAUUCAAACAAAAUGGAAACAAUGUAGCAUCGCUGCGGCAUUCCAUAUAGCUAUAAGCACUACUAGAGUAGAAAAUAGAGAGCUAGUUAACAAAUAUAAAUGUAACGUUACUUAUUAUUUAUCAGAAAAGCUCAAACAGAGUCUGUAGUAAACUGGUUGAAACAAAAAAUAGUUCGUUGGUGUCCCCAGCUACCAAAGAAGAGAACUCAAAUAUGCUACGGAGAAGACUGAACCGUUUGUUCGGUAGGGACGAGAGGAGGGUAGACAGCAGGACCAUCUACGUAGGCCACCGGCCCUGUCCCGCCACCGACGCUUUCAUCCCCCCCAAGUUCUGUGACAACAGGAUUGUCUCUUCCAAGUACACGGUGUGGAACUUCCUGCCAAAGAAUCUGUUUGAACAGUUCAGAAGAAUCGCCAAUUUCUACUUCCUCAUCAUCUUCUUGGUGCAGGUCAUUGUAGACACUCCCACCAGCCCAGUCACUAGUGGCCUGCCAUUGUUCUUCGUCAUCACAGUAACAGCCAUUAAACAGGGCUAUGAGGACUGGCUGCGGCACAAGGCAGACAAUGAGGUGAAUAAGUACCUGGUGACGGUGCUGGAGGACGGCCGGAGAGCACGCAAGGAGAGCGAGAAAAUCAAGGUCGGGGAUGUGGUGGAGGUGGUGGAGGAUGAGACCUUCCCCUGUGACCUCAUCCUGCUGCAGUCCAGCCGGGAGGACGAGACCUGCUUUGUCACCACGGCCAGUCUGGACGGGGAGUCCAACCAUAAGACACACUACACAGUGCCAGACACAGAGAAGGGCCUGGAGUCUCUCAGUGCCACCGUGGAGUGCGAGCAGCCGCAGCCUGACCUCUACAAAUUUGUGGGGCGUAUGCACAUCUACAAGAAUGACCAGGAGCCUGCUGUGAGGUCUUUGGGUCCAGAGAAUCUCCUCCUGAAAGGCGCUACCUUGAAGAAUACUCAGAAGAUUUAUGGAGUGGCAGUGUACUCUGGCAUGGAAACCAAAAUGGCUCUGAACUACCAGGGGAAGUCCCAGAAGCGAUCUGUGGUGGAGAAAUCUAUCAAUGCCUUCCUGCUGGUGUACCUGGGUAUCCUGGUGAGCAAGGCCCUGGUGUGCACCACGCUCAAGUACGUGUGGCAGAGCCAACCAGGCCAGGAAGAGCCCUGGUACAACCAGAAGACGCAGAAGGAGAAAGAUGCCAACCUGUACCUGAAUAUGUUUACUGACUUCCUGUCGUUCAUGGUGCUGUUCAACUUCAUCAUCCCCGUGUCCAUGUACGUGACGGUGGAGAUGCAGAAGUUUCUGGGCUCCUUCUUCAUCUCCUGGGACAAGGACUUCUUUGACCCCGAGAUCCAGGAAGGGGCUCUGGUCAACACCUCUGACCUCAACGAGGAGCUAGGACAGGUGGAGUAUGUGUUCACGGACAAGACGGGCACUCUGACCCAGAACAGCAUGGAGUUCAUCGAGUGCUGCAUCGACGGCUUCCAGUAUAAGAACCGUGACUCGAGCACCGAGCUGGACGGCUUCUGUGUCACAGAUGGACCCGUGAGCAUGCUGCAGCAGAAGGCUGGCAGGGAGGAGGAGGAGCUGUUCCUGCGGGCUCUGUGUCUGUGCCACACGGUGCAGGUCAAGGAGUCUACGGGUCAGGAGGACGGGGUUGGGGACCAGGUGGACGGUGUCCUGGGGCUGGACGGAGAGAUGGUCCACCCUGCAGAGCUCAGGGGCUUCAUCGCCUCCUCACCUGACGAGGUGGCACUGGUCAAGGGAGCCAUGAAGUAUGGUUUCACAUUCCUAGGUAUGGAGAGCAAGAACAUGAGAGUGAUGAACAGAGACAAAGAUGUUGAAACGUACGAGCUGCUUCAUGUGUUGAACUUUGACCCCGUGAGAAGGCGUAUGAGCGUAAUAGUCCGAUCCAAAUGCGGGGACAUCAUGCUGUUCUGUAAGGGGGCCGACUCCUCCAUCUUCCCCCGUGUCAGGCAGGAGGAGGUGGACAGGAUACGCAUGCACGUGGAGCGCAACGCUACGGAAGGCUACCGAACGCUGUGUGUGGCCUACAAGCUGCUGAGUUCUGAAGAGUACGCCCAGGCAGACGCAGGGUUGAGGGAAGCCAGGCUGGCCCUGGAUGACCGAGAGGAGAAACUCAUGGCUGUCUACAACCAGGUGGAGACUGGGAUGAGCCUGAUCGGAGCUACCGCCGUGGAGGACAGGUUGCAGGAGGAGGCAGCGGAGACCAUGGAGGCCCUGCAGCGGGCUGGCAUGAAGGUGUGGGUUCUUACGGGGGACAAGAUGGAGACGGCCAAGUCCACGUGCUAUGCCUGUCGGCUAUUCCAGAGGGGCACAGAGCUGCUGGAACUGACGGUGCGAACCCUGGAGGACGGCGGAAGGAGGAGAGAAGAGCGCCUGCAUGAGGUGCUGUUAGACUACCACAAAAGGGCAGUGCAGGAACCUCCACCGGUUAAGACUAGGGUCACCAGGAGCUGCAUUUCAGCUAAGCAGGACUACGGCUUCAUCAUAGACGGAGCCACUCUGUCCUUAGUGUUCAACUCCUCUCCUGACUCCAGCCACUACAAGAGUCUCUUCCUCCAGAUCUGUCAGAACUGUACCACUGUUCUGUGCUGCCGUAUGGCUCCCCUACAGAAGGCCCAGAUCGUGAACAUGGUGAAGAACUCCAAAGGCAGCCCCAUCACCCUCUCCAUCGGAGAUGGAGCCAACGAUGUCAGUAUGAUUCUGGAGGCACACAUUGGCAUCGGUAUAAAAGGUAAAGAGGGUCGCCAGGCAGUGAGGAACAGUGACUAUGCCAUCCCUAAACUCAAGCACCUGAAGAAACUGUUACUGGGACACGGGCACCUCUACUACGUUCGGAUCGCCCACUUGGUGCAAUACUUCUUCUACAAGAACCUCUGCUUCAUCUUACCUCAGUUCUUGUACCAGUUUUUCUGUGGAUCUUCCCAGCAACCCCUCUACGACGCAGCCUAUCUGACGAUGUACAACAUCUGUUUCACCUCCAUGCCUAUCCUGGCCUACAGCCUCUUGGAGCAGCACAUCUGUAUGGAGGUCCUGAUGAGCAAUGCUACCCUCUACAGGGACGUAGCAAAGAACGCCAUGUUGCGUUGGAGCCCCUUCCUGUACUGGACCCUACUUGGGGUCUACCAGGGCCUCCUGUUCUUCUUUGGGGUCCGCUUUCUCUUUAGUAACCCCGCCCUGCAGGACAAUGGCCAGGUGUUUGGGAAUUGGUCGUACGGAACAAUUGUUUUUACUGUCCUCGUCUUCACCGUCACGCUAAAGCUGGCUAUGGACACGCGCCAUUGGACGUGGAUCAAUCACUUUGUCAUCUGGGGCUCGCUGGCCUUCUACAUGUUCUUCAGCUUCUUCUGGGGUGGGAUCAUAUGGCCCUUCCUUCGGCAGCAGCGUCUCUACUUUGUGUUUGCUAACAUGCUGCGCUCUGUGUCGGCCUGGCUGGUCAUCAUCCUCCUCAUCCUGCUCAGCCUGCUGCCUGAGAUCCUGCUGCUGGUCCUCCGCAAGCCGCGCUGGCCCCACUCUCGACAGAAGAAGCCGUUGGUUCAGUCGGGCGAGGGGGAGACCCAGUCUUCAGCCAGGCCCCUGCUAAUGCGAACCUUUUCAGACGAGUCCAAUACUAUCAUAUGAACAGCCUUCAGAGGACGGACUCCUACAGACAUCCAGAUCGCUGCCGUCACGCCCUUGUCCUACAAGCACCUGAAGGAGCGGGAGUAAAGGGCACAAAGGAGGAUCAACUACCCUGCGGCCAGCGUCUUUCAGGAGGCCAUGGCACUCUGGCUGCCUGAACGUUUGCCUGAUCUAAAAAGAAAAUGGGAAAACGACUCAAAACAACGUAAUAGAAAUUAUAAAAGACCCAGGGAUGACUCCAGCAGUGUUUUGAGUACCUCUGUUCCCCUGCUCCCUCCGUCCUUCCUCUUCCUGUUUCCCUCUGCAUGUCAGCAGUGCAGAUUGAUGCACCACUGGCCCGUGCAGCACAGGCCAUUUUUACCACGUUUUAACUGGACUGUGAGUUUCCAGAGUUUAUUUUUCUUUCCUAUGAAUACUACGAUUGCGGGCGGGGGGGAUGCGUACAUGGCUGCCCUGUCAGAAGUACUUCUACGGUCGGCUGUGCUCUAACAUGCAGCCACACCACUGUCCCAGAAUGGUUCAUCUGCAUGAAACUAAGUAGGCCUCACGAAUGCCACAUUCCACUUGUUAUUUAUAUUUUUCUGCAAGGUUUGUAUUUUAUUUUUUUAAAGCAAAUCUCACUCACUUUCUGAAACAAAAAUUCCACUGCUCCAGAUCCAAAUCAUAGUUUAUAAGUUGCAUGAUUCCAAUCCAGUCCAAGUCCAACGCAAAGAGAGCAUAUUCACUCAGUGCAGACUGCACUGAACACGGGUUACUGGAGAUCUUCAAAAUGUCCUUGAAUACUGUGUUUUAGAGCACAACCCCCUGCUGGGUUAAGUCUCUAUUUUCCCAUCUCCCCAAAGAGUGUGGUGAAUCGAAAUGACUGGUAAUGAGUUGUGCUUGCCAACAUUUCUACCUGGUUCGGUGUUUGUAGCAUGACUUGAAUCUUCCCACCUUAAGGCCGGUGAUCGUUUAAGAACAUCCCAAAUGUAUUGAACAUUAAUAUAUGUGCUGUAUAUCGCUUAACCUGUUUGAAUAUCUAAAGCUUGAUGCCAAAAAUGUGUCUGAGCUGGGGAGAUGCAAGUGUCAUGCCCAGCGCCAUCCAAAUGAUUGCAAACUAUGUUGCUGAGAGUGUUUUGUGUGUGUGUGUGCCCAGCAGCACAAUUGUACUGGAUGGGAAUCAUGGCCUCAAAGUAACUUGUGUGUGUUACAUUGAGACCCGUUUAACCAGAAUACCUGGAUCUACCUUGUACAUUUAGCAUGUGGUUGUCAUGACCUGUCCUCUAAAGGACUUCAGGAGUUCUGUGGAGCGCGCACACACACACACACACACACACACAUGCACUAAAAGCCUAAAAUUAGUGACACAUGUCCCAUUUCCAAUUAGUGUUGUUUGUCAAAGGUGGGCUGAUGUUGGUGGGUAAAGAUCCCAACUUCAGACUUCCUCUUUCUUGUCACCAUAGGUAAUGCCACUGAGGCUUUCUACCCACCUGCUACCAUAGAUGUUCCUGGAUCUCCAUUUACGAUGUCUGAGAUGGGUUUCUUACAGAAAGAUGGUUCUGACUUCUAGCGUUAGUGCUUCAGACAUUCCAUUUCUACAUGCCAUGAUUUUCAUCACUUUUAGACACUAUAUGGGAAGAUGUUUUGGAACAUGUGAAAUAUUUAUUGUUCCGUGCAAUUUUGACUCGCAAAUUGUAUAUUUUUAUUACAUGAAUCUUUUUUGUUGUUGUAGCGAAUGAUCAGCUUUGUGCUUCUUCAGUAUGCCUUUGUUAUUUCAGACCAGAUGUGUGCCCAGUGCUAACCCAUAUCAUCUGUAUCUCUCUCUCACACACACACACACACACACACCCUGCAGGUAUAUCCUACCUUACACCUCUACUAUAUCCUCUCCCUCCACCGGUCUGGUCGCAGGUCAGAUCACAGAGCACCGGUUAGAUCAGUUCAGUCAUAGCCAGGCUAGGAAUGGAGCUUCUUCUGUCUGCCACAGAGGGAUAUGCCUGGGAGUAGGUGCCCUGUUGGCACCUCUUUAGUCUCUUACAAAAUGCCAUAAUAGGUCAUGUACAGCCCUCAUGUAGCUAUUGCAAUAUCUCCUCAUAUGAUGAUUAGCAUCACUGAUGGUUGUAGUUCCUAAGCUGAGUAUCCUUAGUCCAGAUGGGCUCCAUUCCAGCUCCUUAGUGGUUGGAGAUACUGUAAUAGCUACAUGAGGGCUGUACAUGACCAGUAACAUACUGAGCAUGUGGCAGAAUUCAAGACAUGGCUCCCAUGCCAAAUGUGAUUUACCGUACUUCCAUCAACCUCAUCUUUUUUUAUUUUGACCUUUAUUUAACUAGGCAAGUCGGUUAAGAACAAAUUCUUAUUUUCAAUGACAGCUUAGGAACAGUGGGUUGGUUACCUGCCUGUAUCACAUACUGUGCCAUCUUGUGGAGGAGAAAAUGAUAUAUUUACCUUGACUUCAAGGGUCUAGAGUUUCCAGAGGGUUGUAAUACGGGGAACUCUUUGUAACGUUUCCUUUUGAAACACUAAAGCUAUGAGGAGUAUGGACUGUGCUCAAACUAACAUGAAGAUUCUGUUGAACUUUCACCUACCUGGGCUCUGUCCUAGGUCAACGGGUAGGUGGAGGACUUUCUGUAUGUUUUAAAAAACAAAAACAAACCUUUAACAUUAUAUCAGAUGCUAUUUUAAAAUGCUUUUUAAAAAGUAUUGGAUACUCAUGGUUUGCCUGACAAAAUACGUAAAAAAUUGAUUGUAUUUUAAAUGCAACCUUUUUCCAGCCACUUUUUUUGUAAGAAUAAUCAAAACGUCCAAAAAAAAGCACGAGAGGCUGGGUGAAUGUGGAGAAUGACCCUGUCCGCGGGUGACUGCUGUGGUGGGGUGCCUUAGGUUCAGACGGGCACAAAAUGGGCACUUCACAUCUGGCCCCUCAGUCUCCAGCCUUGGCACUCUGAACCUCCGAUCUGAAUGUACCACUUUAAGACCAGUAUGUAUGUUCAACAGUUUUUCUGCAAUAAAACACUGUUUUGAAAACGUG